ACCGUUGACGGCCGGCGGUGGCUCCACACGGCGCCGUUCCGAAUGGAGGCGGCGCCGGGCCCCGGGCCGAGGCUCUGCUGCCGGCCCGGCGGGCGGCUGGACAUGAGCCACGGCUUCGUGCACCACAUACGACGGAACCAGAUCGCUCGGGACGACUAUGACAAGAAGGUGAAGCAGGCCAAGGAGAAGGCGAGGAGGCGGCACACGCCCGCGCCCACGCGGCCGCGCAAGCCCGACCUGCAGGUGUACCUGCCGCGGCGCCGAGAUGGUUCUACCCACCCAGGCAACCCAGACUGUGAGGAGUCCGGUGAAAGCAGCAGUAGUGGUGGCUCCGAGCUGGAGCCUUCUGGCCAUCAGCUCUUCUGCUUAGAAUACGAGUCGGACAAUGGAGAGGUCACAUCAGUUAUCGUGUAUCAGGACGAUGACCCAGGAAGGGUGAGUGAGGAAGUGUCAGCACACACACCUCUGGAUCUGCCCAUGCGAGAGGCCCUCAAGUUGCGUAUCCAGGAGGAGAUUGCCAAACGCCAGAGCCGACACUGACCAGGUGGAAGGCAUUCUCUCCAGGCCAGAAUCCUGCACUUGGAUGAAUUCUAACUAGGGAGCCCACCCUACAUUGCGGUGCUAGGACUUGUCUGUCUGAUCUUGAGACCCUUAUAAGCUGCUGCCUCCACAGGGGUGUUGCAGGGCUACACCUAGCCCACCUCCCUUGCAGCAAUUCUUUCUUGUAUGUUGACCAUUUGGCUGGCCUAUUGUCUUGGAAUUUUUUGAGAAUUUUGAUUAGAGAACCUGGUGCUCUUGAAGCUAAGAACUUAGGGAGAGCCAGGGUUUAUAAAGCCUUUUGCCAAUACGCUUGCUCUCUCACUGAGGUCAUAUGCCUGACCACUCACGCCAUGAGCCGUGUUUGUUACUUUAUCGUUUUCUUUCAUGUUUCUGCUUCCACCAUAGUUUCCCCCCCCCCCCCCCCCCCCCCCCGCUUAAGUUUUGUUCUUUUUGCCUCAGGUAGAACCCAUCAGUUCCUUUCACCCCAUCUCUUGACAUGACUAUGCAUCUCCACAACUAAGGGCUUUGCUGGUGGGGAGUUCUGGGCAUCUACCUUUCUAACAAGGUCUCCGAAUAUUUCUGGCACCAGUAAGAUGGGAGAGGCCUGCUUGGAAGCUUGUUCUCUUCCCCUUGCAUGACUUCUUCCCAUGCUCCACGGCUUUGCGCUGUUUAGAUAGGCCACCUAGGAAAAAGAUGCUGUUGUAAAAUCUGGGGAUCUCAGUGAAUCCUGCUUUAGUUAGAGUUAAGCAAUUCCAGCUUUUGAUCCCAUUCCCAGUUGUGAAUAGACUAUUCUCUGUUCAGACUAAAGGGGAAUUGUCAAAACAAGGUAUUAAAGUCCAGAACAGUUUUGAAUGUAUGUGCAAAGUGGAAAUCAGCAUAAGUUUAGAGCCCCAGUAGCCAGAAAAAAAAAAAAAAAAAGUCCUGAAGAAAGCCCAUACUAGAAAAAGUAAAAUUAGCCCCUUAUCUGCCCCAUGUGUUUUCCUUUCCUACCUCCAAAAAAUAUACAACUAAGAGUCUUGUAGAGCCCCAGUAAUAGUAUGUUGGCCCAUUUGGCUGGCCUAUUAUCUUGAAAUUUUUUGAGAAUUUUGAUUAGAGAACCUUGUGCUCUGGUAGCAGAGACGUUAGGGAGAGCCAGGGUUUAUAAAGCCUUCUGCCAAUAUGCUGUAUGUAGAGAAUUUUUAUUUUUUGGAAUGGUCCCAGGAAUCAAACCCAGGGCCUCUUGCAUGCUAGGCAAGCACACUGCUACUGAGCUCCAUUCUAACACAGGGUUAGACAAGAGGACUGAGGGGUGCAGCUCAGUGGUAGAGUACCUGCCUAGCAUGCACCCGGCUCUGGGUUCAGUCCCCAGCACCACUUUGGGAGGUGGGGAGGCUAAGGUCUAAAGUCUACAAGACAUCCUGUGCACUGAAGCUCCAAAGCACCUCGGUUUCCCAGCAAAUCAAACUAACAUCAGUGACUCCAAAUGUGGACUGUAAGUGAGCCUGUGAGCACUGAGUCCCUGAAACCAAAAUACCCAUCCCCAGGGGUUUCUGUAUACAAACAGGAUCUCAGGAUCAGUCUGACUGUUCCAUCUCUUAAAGAACACCUAAGGGCACUGUUGGUUUGUGUCCUGCACCCCUGAAAACUGACCCCUGGAGAAUGGGGCAAGGCAGCUACUUCAACUGCACUAUUACAACAUUAAACACUAUGAGCCACAACUUGCAGUAUCAGAGAAACACUGGGAAGUGAGUACGGUGGUAAGUUAGAGGGGCCUGUGCUCCAGACCUACAUUGCUAGCCCAAGUGCCUUAAAGCUUAGUCCCAGGCUCAGUUCUGCUUUUAGAGGAGAAAGUCUCUGACCUCUACUUAUGCAUCUAGCUAUAAAGUGCCUUUGGACCUAGAAUGUCAGCUACCAUCCAGCACCUGGGCCAAGGGGGCCCUUCCAGACUCUACCCACUUCUUCCUGCAGGGAAAGGACCAGUCUUUUAGUCUUCCAACUCUCCAAGUGAUAUGUGACUUGAAACAUGGGCUCUCACUGGAAGUCUGCCUCCCUGGGAGGGAGGCGGUAUCUGUCUUCUCGCAGCUUGAUUGCCUGUUUCCUGGUUUUAUGAUAGAACAUAGAGAAAGAAGGCCCCAAAAGGAGUCGGGGGGCACGGCACCAUUCCUGUCUCUUGAAGGGGGAAGAGGUAAAAGAAGGCAGUGUUUAGUGAUUGCCUGUUGGGUCCCUUUAUGUGUUUGUCAUGUGGGUCUCACAAAGGCCCCUUAAGGCAGAGGAGGAUAGAAAGUCCUUACUUUUACCCUUUUUUUCUUUAGGAACUUUGGUUUAUCAAGGACAUAUAUUUUCUACCCAUGACAGCAUUCUAAUACAUGUAUGACUUUUACAGUGACUAAAUAAAGCGCUGAGGCCUGUACUUCAGUGAGAGGUGGUCCUUCAGAGCUGCCCUGCUGGAGCAGAUACUGCUGUCUGCCCCAGAGCUCGGCCCCACUGCUCGCCACCACGGUCCAUCUGGGGCCAGGAUGGUGCUAUCCACCUUAUGUAAACCUGCCUCCAGACAGCUUGCACCUGUUUCAGAAACUCAUGCUUUGCCUGAAGGAGCAUGUCCACAGCAUUUCUCACAGGUUCUAGAGCUGUCCACAAGAGGAGUACCCUCUGCCAGUCAGUGCUGAGGCAGCAAUCUUAGCCUGAGUGAAGCAACACUCACUUGAGUAGAUAUGUUCUCAGCUGUCUUAAAGAAAAGUCUGAUAGGCAUGUCCAUUGGGUAUGGAGUGUUCCUCCCUCUGUUCUUAACUGAGGUUAAGCCCGAAUUUUAAAGCUUUUGUUUCCUGGGCCACAAAGGGUGAUUACCAAGAGGAGGUAGCCAUCAUGCAAGGUCUUGGAACUGUGCUUCAGUGAGCUGUGAAGCCGGAGUUGCAGCCCACUGGCAAGCAGGAGGCCUUGGAGUGCAGCACAGGGAAAGGAAAGGAAAGCUGUGUGAGGUGGGAACCCCAAGCCCCACCAGCCAGUAGGCUAACACUCACAGGAAGAGCCUCUCUGGACAGGAGACUGCCAAUCGGAGAUGAGUCCACAGGAUAGGAGGAAGCCCUUGGGUGGUGAGUGCCCAACCUGCUGUGAAUUUGGCAAGAUCCAUGAACUCAGGGUGCUGGGUUCCCUGAUGGUUCACAAUUUAAAUGAGGCCUUUGCUUAUCAAAUGAGGAAUGAGAAUGGAGUCCCCUCUUGUCUCAGCCUUUGGGAAAAUCACCAUGGGAUGCUGACCAGUAUUUGACAUACUUUAACUCCUCUAAAUUCCUGUCCUGUCCUCCAGGAAUCACAUGACCAAGAAGCCAUAGGUACCCACCCCAAGUUUCCCCAGGAGUUGGAGUGAGGUAGAAGUGAGGACCUGCUGAGUGAAGGGCUCCUCCGCCUGGCAGGUUGCACUGGCUGCUUCGAGGUGCCAGGUGUGAAAAGGCUUUGGUUGUGUUUUCUGGCUCCCAGUGUAUCUGCUGUUGUGGGUAAAUAAAACAGUGUACAGACUAUUUGAAAGUCCCAGAUGGGAGACACUUUUCAAAAGCAGUAUUUUGUUAAACCAAUAAACUAUGUUUACAGCA